CCUCAGACAAAACGGUAUGUUUAAGAGUGCGGAGCAUGAAAAUCCCUACAGAUCGUGUUUGAAACGUGAUCGAUAUGCUUGUGAAAUUUGAGGUUCUCGUCAAAAAUUAAACCAAGGAACUUUACAUCUAGGGAGGGGAAAAUAGUGGUAUCAUCAAGAAGAACGUGUAUGUCAGUGUCAGUGGAUGUGCGAUGCUGAGAAAUGCUAAAUUGAAGUAGUGUGGUAUUGUUGGCAUUCAAGAUUGUUAUACUAAACUGCAUUAAAUGUGGCUUUGACAUGUUACAGAGUAUUCAACGUUUAACUGCAGCUCCCCUCUGUUAAAGUACAGUUUGCAAUGUUGGUGAGGAAAUGUUUCAAACAAAUAGUUUCUCUUGCCUCCUAUUCAACUUCCGCAAGUGCUGUGACCACUAAAAUGAUUGAAGAGCGUGGAGUCAGGACGAUUACAUUAAGCAACCCCAAAUCACGGAAUGCCUUGUCUCUCUCCACCAUCAACGAGCUCAUCGGCCAUGUGACAACAGAUGUGGAAGACAUCAAACUAAGGUGCAUUGUAAUCAGAGCUGAAGGACCUGUUUUCUGCUCUGGUCAUAACCUCAAAGAAUUUGACCUCAACUCCACACAACAGCAGCACCAGAGCCUAGUGUUCUCACAAUGUUCUCAGCUGAUGUUGGACAUAGUGUCAUGUCCCGUGCCUGUGGUGGCUGUGGUAGACGGACUGGCCGCAGCAGCUGGGUGUCAGCUGGUAGCUCAGUGUGACAUUGCCAUCUGCACACCUCACAGUUCCUUCUCUACACCAGGAGCUAGUUUUGGAUUAUUCUGCUCGACUCCUGGUAUCCCAGUGGCUCGUAGUGUCAGUCGCAAGAUGGCGUUACGCAUGUUGCUGACAGGGCUCCCAAUCACAGCGGAGGAGGCUUAUCAAGCUGGUCUUGUGAGCAAGGUCGUACCACAGGAGAGUUUGGAAACGGAACUAAAGAUCAUAACAGAUUCCAUUGAGUCUAAAAGUAGGACAGUGAUAUCAUUGGGAAAGAAAUUCUUUUACAAGCAAGUUGAAACCGAUCUUCAAACCGCCUAUAGGAUGGGGGAAGAUGUAAUGGUCAGCAAUAUAGCUCUUGAGGACGGUCAAGAAGGCAUCAAGAGUUUUAUUGAGAAGAGGAAACCUAGUUGGAAACAUGCAUCUGUAAAAUAACUUGCAUGUUUAUAAUAUUGAGAAAAUUAUUACCACUAAGGGAGGAUAGCAUGUGAAUUUUGACUGUGCCUUCAAUAUACUGUAAGUUAGGUAUCUCAUUUCUUUCACAUUUAUUUAAGGAAUGAUAUUUGAUGCUAACAUAAUAUUGAAAAGAAUUUUUUUAAAUACAAUACUUCACAUCUUUUUGUAGGAUAUUGACAACCAUUAUUUUUAAAUAUAAAAAUCUUUACAGGUGUA